CGAUCUGAGCGCGUCCCGUUCUGGACUGAGUGAAAACGUAAACAAAACACAUCGAACGCUGGCUUCAACUCUUGGUGUUUAUAUGUGCUUCUAGUAAUACAAUUUCUUUGGUUGAUAUUUUCAAUCAAAAACUAAUUUUCUAAUAAGUGUAGCGUUAUUGUUCUCAAGGUUAUCAUCUUUUUCAAUAAUUACAUUUAAAAAUAAUUUCGUCAAUAUUUACCUACUGUUUAAAUAUAACUAUACUUAAAUCUACCAGCUCUACCAACAUGGCGACGUCAAGGACACGUUAGUUGAACUUAAGAACCGGAUUUGUCUUCUACUUGUUACAUGUUAGGUUAAUAAAAUUGUGAUUGUAUGCUUUCUUUUUGAGUUUUGUAAAGAGAAUAAACUACUCUGUUUCUAAACGUUGUUAGAUUUGCAUAAAUACUAUCAUAUUUACAAAAUGUAUUUAGGAUCACAAACUACCACAUCAAAAGCUUUGUAUUUACAAAGCUUUCCAUGCAUAUUGAAACGCAUCCAAUUGAUAUGCAACACAAUAAUCACUGCUAUUGUAGUGAGUCGAUGGCGGGGUGAUGCACAACACAUGUCUUAUUUAACUGCUUCAAUUGGAUCUCUGGUUUUUUGUUCUAUUAUUGUUUUUAUCAAGUUCCGUAACAUUGAUAAAAACAUGAACAAUAUUCCUUGGACCAAACUUGAACUGGGCUAUUACAUUACAUGGUCCCUUUAUUAUCUUAUUCUUGUACCAAUAACCGGUUCGGUAUCUUUGAAAAUUGCGGAGAUAUUUUCGUUAAUUUGUGUUAUUACUUUUGUGAUUGACGCUUCUAUAUGUUACAACGAAAUAAAAAAUGAGAAAUAUGCCUAUGAGUCAAAUUUGAAUCAGCAAAAUGAAGAUUUAAAAAACUUAAAUAGUUUUAUUGUUUAACUUUAUACCAUUAUUUUAAAUCUUUAGCAAUGUAUUAAUCUAUAGUUUUAUGGGUAAAAAAGUUGUGCUUAAGCUCUGACAUCACAGUGCAGAAAAUUUCCUUGUUGUGUCAAAUAAAAGUCAAUAUUACUUUUGGCUUUUAUAUAUGUGUAGCUUAAUAUUAAUGUAAGCUUUUUUGUCUUAGAGUUAUAUGUCUACUAUAUUUUUCUAUUUUUUUCUGGUAUCUUAUAAUGUUUUAAUAUAUCUCUUUUUUUGGUUUCAUUUUGCCAUAUUUCUGCGUUAUUUCUAUAAUAUACAAAAAACAACGCAA